UGUGCGCUAAAGAAGAUCCGCUUUUGGCUGCCAGCUGCAUAAAGCCAAUACAAAGCGGAGCACCUAUACAUGGUGCGCUGAUCGUGAAAUUGGACGUAGUGUCGAUUAGGAAGAUAAGACGGACACGAAACGACUGUCAUCGUCGUCCAGUCGCGAUUCGCGUUUAGCCAUAACACAUUGUACAUGUCCGUCGUCAGCUGUCCGCGUAUAUAUAUAUAUAGGUAAAAGCUGUAUAAGAAAAUAAUCGAGGACAGCCAUAUACGCGGACGGAAAAAUCGAGUCCGAGUAAUCCGCGCGCGCUGCAUCGUGUCGUCUUGUUCAUUUUAUCCGUGCGCGCGAUCGCAUACAUUAUAGGUAGUCAAUUAUAGCUGCGUAUACGAGCGCUCCGUACCCUACACUAUACGUCAAUGUUAUCGUUCUCGCUCGGCGACGAUCCGAAAUUUCAUGAAACAUCGUCGUUGUGACGACGGUUCGCGAGUCAAAAUUUCUUCGAGGAACGAGCGGCCACGGUUGACGCUGCUGCGAAUACCUGCUCUGCGCGCAUCAACGUUUUAUUCACGAUUAGCAAAACCGUCAGGUAUUAAGCACGACGAGGAUGACGUUGAUCGAGGGAGUAGGGGACGAAGUUCUCGAUUUUUUCAUUGUCGUCGGAGUUCUGCUCAUCGGCUGGUUCGCCUGGUGCUCCACUAACAUUUCUGAUCAGCCGAUCAUACGAACAGUUCUUAUACUGCAAGCUCGUACCCGCACACGCUUUCACGCUUUGAGGGCGAAUCAGCAGCAAGCAAGAACUGAAGCCACUGUUCAACAUCAAAAUACGAGUAAUACCGAAAACGAAACGACACAAGUCCAUUCUGCUAAUGAUGCUGAUGCAAGUAACAUGGACAACUCCUCCCGUGAUGUUACAUCAGAAUCUCCUCAAACUGAACAAGCUGCCAAUGAACAAGACAUUAUACGAGCUAUGGACUCUUAUACUAAUGAUAGAAAUCAUGAAAAUUUAGAUAAAAAAGAAGAAAAACCAGUGGACGAGAAAGAAAAGGAAAGCUCUCCUCCCAAAGAAACUGUAGAACCUACGAAAGAAGAAGAAAUUGAUAAUAGUCAAGAUAAAAUAUCUAUAAAAUUAAAAUUUAUCAAUGAUGAUCAAAAAUUGGUCACUGCUGAUCUUAAGGAACUACUUGGUGAUUUCAAAAAGAGACACUUUCAAGUUGAACUUGAUUCUAGAAAAUUAGUUCGUCUAGUCUUUAAUGGCCAUGUCCUCCAGCCAGAUAGUAUUACUUUGCAACAGUGUGGAUUUUUUAAUAACUGUGUAGUACAUUGUUUGAUUCACACACCUCGUCCACCAACAACAGACUCAAUACCUAACACAGCCAAUAAUAAUGCAAGCAACAAUUUAUACUUCAACCCUUCAACGAUUUUUCACGAUAUACCAGCAAAUGGAGACCUAGAAUCAGUGCAAAUUGAGUGGGACCUUAGCAGAGUGUUAGUCACUUGUAUAUUUUUAAUAUUGAGUGCUGCGUGGUUCUUCAGAUAUCAUUAUGCUCAAUUGUUCACCAUCAGCUCAACAGUUGGAUUGUUUGGACUUACUGUAAUUUUUACAGCGUCGUUAUUCCGAAAUUUAUAUGCUGAUCAAGAAACUUUACAGCAUAUUAAUUAGAAAAUUGAGACUUUCUUGCUGGUUGCAAGUGUUUGCGUCUUAAGUUGAAUCCAAGUACCUCACUUGAAAGUUCAUUCAGAAAAAAAUGACUGUUAGAUAAACGUAUUUGUUGUAAAUAUAUUCUUUAUACCAGAAAAACCAGUCAAAUUUUACCAAUGACUUUUUUAAAAAGUGAGUUACAUUAAUAGAAUUCGUACUGUCCCGUCUGGAUUAGAUGAUUGUUUCUAGAUUUCAAUUUUUGAAAAAUAAUGAUUGCCUACAGAAACAAAGUAAAAAAUAAAUAUGUAUAAAAUGUAUAAGAAAAAGUCUUAAGGUGUAAAAAUUUUUUUCAAAGGCAUUUAUUUAAAUUUUUAGAUAAAAACAAAAUGCCACACUUAUGUACAUUUGAGAAUAAAUAAAGUGUUUUAUAUAGUAUUGUUUUUCCAAUUUGCGAGGAACAAUUUGCAUCAUCAAUGUUUUACAACACA